ACCACCCAGUAUUAUUUGCGGCAAAAUCGGCAAUGGGUAUCAAAGAUCUCCUCAGGUUCAUGAAACCCCACCUUGAACCCAUCCACAUUAAAAAAUACGCCGGUCAACGAGUUGGGAUUGACGCUUAUUCAUGGCUGCACAAAGGGGCCUAUUCAUGUAGUAUGGAGCUCUCUCUGGAUAUGGAAGGUGGGAAGAAAUUGCAGUACUUAAGUUACUUCAUGCAUCGAAUCAAUUUGCUUCGACACUAUAAGAUUACUCCGGUUGUUGUUUUCGACGGUGGAAAUCUGCCUUGUAAGGCAGCCACUGAAGAUGAGAGGCACAGGAAAAGGAAAGCUAAUCGUGAUCAGGCAAUGGCAAAGUUUAAGGAAGGUGAUGUUAAUGCUGCCUCUGAGCUAUUUCAGAGGGCAAUCAGCAUCACUCCACUGAUGGCACAUCAAUUAAUUCAGAUUUUGAGAUCAGAUAAUAUUGAAUUUGUGGUGGCUCCUUAUGAGGCUGAUGCACAGUUAGCAUAUAUGUCUAGCCUUGAAGCAGAAAACGGAGGAAUUGCUGCAGUUAUAUCAGAGGAUAGUGACUUACUGGCCUAUGGUUGCCCCGCUGUUGUCUUUAAAAUGGACCGUUAUGGCAACGGUGAAGAGGUUUUGCUGGACAAAGUUUUAAAGUCUGGUGAUGGAAAGCCUUCUUUCAUAAAUUUCAGUAAAGAUUUGUUUGCAGGCAUGUGUGUUCUAGCUGGUUGUGAUUUUCUUCCAUCCAUCCCAGGGAUUGGAAUUGUAAAAGCUUAUAAUUUUGUCUGCAAGUAUCGAAACUUAGAUCGUGUUCUCUCCGUGUUAAAGUUUGAGAAGGGCAGCCAAGUGCCUGAAGAUUACUCAAGAUCAUUUACUAAAGCAGUUGCUGUUUUUCAGCAUGCCAGAAUAUAUGAUACUGUUUCGAAGCAGAUAAGACACAUGAAACCCAUCCCAGAAGCACUUCUGCAAUCUCUAGAAGAAGAGCUCGACUUCUUGGGGCCGGAAAUGCCUUCUUCUAUAGCAACUGCUAUUGCUGAAGGUAAGCUAGAUCCUUGUACAAUGGAAGCAUUUGAUCACUUCCCCAGUGCUGAAAGUAAUCUGUAUCUCAAAAAUCCCACCAGAGCUCGUGUUAAACUUCCUUCAAAAGAAGCAAUUGCUUCUCCUUCUGGGAAGGGUGGAUUUGUUGCCAUUUCCUCUCGCAAACUCAGAAAAGACGCCAAACUAGAGGAACAGGAGCAAGUUUCUGAAUGGAAUCAAAUCCCUUUUCUUGAUGAGAAGAAGCAUUUAGCUGAAGCUAUAGCUCUUCAGAAGUUACUAAACCCUUCAAAUGCUGGGGUGGUUGAAGAAGAUAAAAAGGCUAAUCCAAAUGAAGCAUUGAAAGUUCCUGAUAACAACCCAUUUAGAAAAAGAUGUUUUGCAGAAUUUGAGCCGGAUGAGACAGAAAGCGUUACUGAACAAGUCUCGGUGGUAACUGAGGUUGAGAGCUUGGAAGUCUUUACCACUCCAGAUUCUCAGAGAAGUGUGAAUUCUAUGGCUGUUAAAAAGCCAGAUGAAAAUAGAAGAGGCAAAACUGAUAAGAGGGUUAAGAGGACUAAUUCCCAAAGUUCUGUAACCAAGAAAAGCAGUAUACUAAACUUCUUUUCUAGAGUGUAAUAUAGGCUUUUCUUUUAAAAAAAAU